AUGACGUCAAACGAGAAGGGCGAUCCGAGGAAGAUUUACAUUCUACGGGUGGCCAGCUACCUUCUUGGGCUCAACAUCACCGAGGAGAAGCUCAAGAACACACAGCCAUUGGAAUCGUUUGUGGAUUCCAAUACGAAUCUUCUAGUGAUCUCAAGAUCCGAUCAGAAGGUGGAUCUUUCGAAUAAAAUGAAGUCGUCAUCGCCGUCAUCGAAUAUUCUACGGGUCGCGUUCUACAAAAACCAAUCAGUUUCGCUCAACAACGACAAUUACAAGUCGAUCGUGAAUGUGAUAUCGGCCAACGGAGCCCUCAAUCACGUCUUUCUAAAAUCUGUGCAAAAUGUUUUCGGCAAAGAAUUAUCCGAGGGCUCGAAUAGGCAGCUCAUCGCCGCCGUCAAUGAGCUCGAGGAGAGCCUUUUGGCCACCGUCGACUCAUCGGAAGGCAAGCGACGACUAAUUAUGGGUAAUUAA